AUGAGGGUUCGUCAUUGGCUGCCGCGCGGCCAGGCGGCCCUGCUCUUCGCCGCUCUCGCCCCCCAGAGUGCCACCGCCAGUCCGCCCAUCAACGUAGCUCUCAGCGCCCGCUUCAAUUCCCCCCCAUACCUCGUCGAGCUGCUGGAGACGGCCGCCCUCGAGAACGCCACGGCCUAUUUCCCUCUGCUCGACCGCAUCGCCGACGGCUACUUCGACGCCAAGUCCUCUGAAAAGGACCAGCACCAUGCCUUCCUGCAGCUGCUCCAAGACGAUGGACACAUCACCGACCCCGACGCCCUCUCCUCCUUCCAAUUCGCCCUCUCCAUCCACACCGCCGCCCCGCGCAUCGAAGCCCACUACCAGUUCUACAACACCUCGGUCGAGCCCUCGCUGGAGGCCGACCAGGGCGACGACUGCGAGUCCUGGGUUCUGCUCGAUGGGAAGCAGUAUUGCUCGCCCGCCAUGGACAAGGAGCGCGGUGAAGUGAAGGACGCCAGAGUCACGGACCUGCCCUUCGACCGCCCCAUGAGACCAGACCACCGCUCAGUCGCUUCCGUCCUCUACGCCGACAUCACCUCGCCCAGCUUCCGCAACUUCCACAAGACCAUCAUCAAGACUGCCCGCGCCGGCGACACCUCUUACACACUGCGCCACAAGCCCUCCAAGAAUACCCGCCACGCCCCGCAAGACGUCCAUGGCUACGGCGUCGAGCUUGCCCUCAAGAGGACCGACUACAUCGUCAUUGAUGACCGCCAGGCCGAGGAUGACGAUGCCAAGGCACCGGCUGUAGAUGCCGCCCAGGCCGUCCUGCACGACGACGACGUUGCAGACUUGAAGCCGCUUUCCGAGUCGGACCUCAAGGGUCUAGGACUCAAGGCUGCGAGCUUUGUCAUGAGCUCUGAGGACCCGCUGGACACGCUGCUCAAGCUAUCGCAGGACUUUCCCAAGCACUCUUCUGCCAUUGCCGCCCAUGACGUCUCCAAGGACUUCCUGAAGGAGCAUCAGGACAACAGGGAGGCUGUCCUGCCGCCAGGAUACAACAUCCUUUGGAUCAACGGCGUGCAGGUCAUGCCUCGCGACGUGGAUGCUUUUGCUCUGCUCGAGCACUUGCGCCGCGAGAGGCAGAUUGUCAACAGCGCCCGCAAGCUUGGCUUCUCCCCGCCCGAGGCCAUCAACGUCCUUGCCAACAACAACAUCGCAAAGGCAAAGGACAACGACGAGCCUCAGCGCUACGACUGGCGCGAUUCGGCAGAAGGUGGCAACGUCAUUGUGUUCCUGAACAACCUUGAGAAGGACAAGCGCUAUGCCGAGUGGCCCGAGAGCCUUCGCGCGCUCCUCCAACCCUCCUACCCGGGCACCCUGCCUAACGUCAAGAGAGACAUCCAGAACGUAGUCAUUCCCCUCGACCUCACCAACCCCCUCGACGUCACCGUACUCGUCGAGACUCUGCAGAGCAUGGUCAAGCGCAAGCUGGCCGUUCGCUGGGGCAUCGUCCCGUCGACAAAGAACGUCAGGGCGGAGCAACAGGCUCGCGUCGUCUACUAUCUCCUUGAGUACCAUGGACUGAGUGCUGUUAUGCAGUACCUCGAGCACUCCCUUAAGCUGAAGGAAAUCUCCGAGCCUUCCAAGACGGCCUUCGGCACCGUAACGGCGGACGCCAAGAUCCGCGGUAAUCGGGUUGCAAAGAGCUUCGACCAGGUUUUUGAAGAGGAAAGCGUCGCCAAGCGCGUAGAAGCAGCAUCAAGCUGGCUGUUCAGGAUGGCCGCUGACGGCAAUUCACCUCCCUUCUUUGUGAACGGCGUCGCGCUCCGUCGCAACGACGAGUGGCUUUCAAGCAUGAGCAUGAGGGUCUCUCGGGAUCUCAACACCAUCCAAAAGGCCGUGUUCGAGAACCAGUUCGACGAGGAUGCCGACCAAUGGCUUCCUGGUGUCUUCCUUGCCAACGCCCUUCUGAGGCGCAACCCCAUGAUUGUCCCUGAAGACGAGAAGGACGUCAAGCACGUGGACAUGGCCCAGGUCUAUGCCGACUAUGGCCAUCUCAUCGAGCGCUUGCCGACAUUCAAGGCCGCAGAGGACUCGGAAUGGUUCCAGUGGGCGCAGCUCAUCGUUCUCGGCGACUUCGACUCCAAGGCGGGCGCGACUCUGCUCGCAGAUGCCUACCAGCUUGCUGCAGAGCAUGGCGAUCUCGAGACGGCGUUUGUCCACACGGGCGAUGUGGACCACUACUCUAGACUGUCCUAUCUUCUGUGGAAGAACAAAGGUCAGAGCUUUGUGGAUGACCUUCCCGAAGACUUUGUGCCAAGCUCCAAGGAGCUCAAAGAGUGUGCAGAGUACUGGGACGCCAUGAAGCCGCUCAUGCGCGUCUUCGACGGCGAGUCCGGACGCGAAUCACUGGUGCUCAAUGGCAGGACCGUCGGUCUCAUCCGCAAGCGCAGGCCUUUCACUAUAGACGACCUGGAGAAUCUCCUGACUUAUGAGAGAACGAAGCGCAUUGAGCCAGCGAACAAGGCCGUCAUGGACCUGGGCCUCGAGAACAAGAUCAAAUCCCCUGGUGCAUCCGCUCAGUUCACAUCCUUGGUGGCUCUCUCAACCGUCUCCAAUGUCCCAGAGGGCAUCUUCGACACUCCUCCCACCACGCGUCGCGAUGUGUUCAAGUUCUGGAACGAUACCCACACGUGCAUCAAGACGGGCGAGAUGGAGACGUCUGCGAUCCAGAUCGUUGCCUCUGUUGACCCCUCAUCGGAGACUGCUCAAAGAUGGCUUCCCAUUCUCAAGGUGCUGUCGGAGCUGAGCGGCGUCCACAUGCGGCUGUUCCUCAACCCCAAGGAGAGGCUGAGUGAGCUUCCAGUGAAGCGUUUCUACCGCUAUGUCGUGGCGUCCAAGCCCUCUUUCGAUGAGAAUGGCUCCACCGAGGCACUGCAGGCUACCUUCGAUGGCAUUCCCUCUGAAGCCCUCCUAAACCUUGGGUUGGACGUGCCGCCGCAGUGGGUCGUCGCAGCCAAGGAGUCGGUGCACGAUUUGGACAACAUCAAGUUGAGCCAGCUCAAGGGCCAGUCGUCCAUCGACGCCGUCUAUGAGCUCGAGUACAUCCUGAUCGAAGGCCACUCUCGCGAUCUCACCAAUGGCAUGUACCCCCGUGGCGCCCAGCUCGACCUGCGCACGACGUCGAACCCUCGCUACGCCGACACCAUCAUCAUGGCCAAUCUUGGCUACUUCCAGUUCAAGGCCAACCCGGGUUUCUUCGACAUCGAGCUGCAGCCCGGACGCAGCCAGGACAUCUUCACCAUCGAAAGCGCGGGCACGCUCGGCUGGGAGCCGCAGCCGGGCGACCGCACCAAGGAGAUCGCACUCAUGGACUUCAAGGGCGUGACCCUCUUCCCGCGCCUGUCCCGCAGGUCUGGAAAGGAAGACGAGGACGUGCUCGAAGCGCCCACCACCAUGGUCGAGGACCUCGCGGCCAAGGGAGCCGCCUUUGCCGACGGCAUCCUCUCCAAGGUCGGCAUCAACGUCAAGACUGGUGGUAUGUUGUCCUCCCUCCUCUCGGCAGUCGGGCUCUGGACCAAUCUGACGGCACUCGCAGGAUCCUCGCGCCACGCAGACAUCAACAUCUUCUCGGUCGCCAGCGGGCACCUGUACGAGCGCAUGCUCAACAUCAUGAUGGUGUCGGUCAUGAAGCACACCAAGCACACGGUCAAGUUCUGGUUCAUCGAGCAGUUCCUGUCGCCAUCGUUCAAGUCGUUCCUGCCCACCCUCGCCGCGGCCUACGGCUUCGAAUACGAAAUGGUCACGUACAAGUGGCCGCACUGGCUGCGGGGCCAAAAGGAAAAGCAGCGCGAGAUCUGGGGCUACAAGAUCCUCUUCCUCGACGUCCUCUUCCCGCUCGACCUCGACAAGGUCAUCUUCGUCGACGCCGACCAGGUCGUCCGCGCCGACAUGCACGACCUCGUCACGCACGACCUGCAGGGCGCCCCCUACGGCUUCACCCCCAUGUGCGACUCGCGCACCGAGAUGGAAGGCUUCCGCUUCUGGAAGCAAGGCUACUGGAAGAACUUCCUCAAGGGCCGCCCCUACCACAUCUCGGCCCUCUACGUCGUCGACCUCCACCGCUUCCGCCGCCUCGCCGCCGGCGACCGCCUCCGCCAGCAGUACCAGCAGCUCUCGGCCGACCCGAAUUCCCUCUCCAACCUCGACCAGGACCUCCCCAACAACAUGCAGGCCGGCCUCCCCAUCCACAGCCUCCCCCAGGACUGGCUGUGGUGCGAGACGUGGUGCGCCGACGACGCGCUCAAGAACGCGAAGACGAUCGAUCUCUGCAAUAACCCCCAGACCAAGGAGCCGAAGCUCGAUCGCGCGCGGAGGCAGGUACCGGAGUGGACCGUGUAUGAUGAGGAGAUUGCGAGGUUGGCUAGGGAGGCGCAUGUGGACGCCGCUGCUGAGGGCAUCGUUGGCGGUGCUGGUGCUGGUGCUGGUGAUGCUGAUGCUGAGGAUAGGGAGUUGUUGGAGAAGGUGGGGGAGCAGGCGGAGGAGGUGGAGGAGGAGAAGAAGGAGAAGGAGAAGCAGAAGAAGAAGGGGCAUGAUGAGUUGUAG